AUGGGUGUUAUGCCUGAGAUAGCUCAAGCAGUAGAGGAGAUGGACUGGCUUCUUCCUACAGAUAUUCAAGCAGAAUCUAUCCCCCUGAUCCUGGGAGGUGGUGAUGUACUGAUGGCUGCUGAAACAGGGAGUGGAAAAACUGGUGCUUUCAGCAUUCCAGUGAUCCAGAUUGUUUAUGAAACACUGAAGGACCAGAUGGAAGGCAAGAAAGGGAAAGCAACUAUUAAAACGGGUGGGGCAGUGCUCAAUAAAUGGCAGAUGAACCCAUAUGAUAGAGGAACAGCUUUUGCAAUUGGAUCAGAUGGUUUGUGUUGUCAGAGCAGAGAGGUAAAGGAAUGGCAUGGAUGCAGAGCAACUAGAGGUGUGACUAAAGGGAAAUACUACUAUGAAGUUUCCUGUCACGACCAAGGCUUGUGCAGAGUUGGUUGGUCAACUAUGCAGGCUUCACUAGAUUUGGGCACUGAUAAAUUUGGCUUUGGCUUUGGUGGAACUGGUAAGAAGUCUCACAACAAGCAAUUUGACAGCUAUGGUGAGGAAUUCACUAUGCAUGAUACCAUUGGGUGCUAUCUAGACAUAGAUAAAGGACAAAUAAAGUUUUCCAAAAACGGGAAGGACCUUGGCCUGGCGUUUGAAAUCCCACCACACAUAAGGAACCAAGCACUUUUUGCAGCUUGUGUGCUGAAGAAUGCUGAAUUAAAAUUCAAUUUUGGUGAAGAAGAUUUCAAGUUUCCCCCAAAAGAUGGCUAUAUUGGUCUUUGCAAGGCUCCUGAUGGUAGUGUGGUAAAAUCACAGCACUCAGGAAAUGCACAAGUGGUUCAAACACAGAACCUCCCAAAUGCUCCGAAAGCAUUGAUUGUAGAACCAUCAAGAGAGCUGGCAGAACAAACUCUGAACAAUGUGAAGCAGUUCAAAAAAUAUGUUGAUAAUCCCAAAUUAAGGGAACUGUUGAUUAUUGGUGGGGUUGCUGCAAGAGAUCAACUUUCUGUACUGGAACAAGGAGUGGAUAUUGUCGUUGGAACUCCUGGAAGGCUGGAUGACCUGGUCUCAACAGGAAAGCUGAAUUUGUCUCAAGUUAGAUUCCUGGUUCUGGAUGAAGCU